AUGCCUACAAUUUGUGAAAAAAAUAAGAAUGAACCUUUGAAGAAAAAUUCAACUCAAGCUAAAAUUGAAGGCAAAAUAUUACUUAAAUAUGGAACUCAGACUGGAAGCCAAGUUAAAAUACCAUUGGAAAUUAUAAGUACUGAAGAUGCAGUUAAAAAAACAAUAAAUGUAAAACAGGAAACUUGCACCGAAACACCUGAAAAUGGUUAUUUGAAAGAAAUAGAUGAAAAUCUUUUCAACCUGCCCGGAGAAAUUCCUGUUGCUCAUUGUGUUGCCGAGGAUUUGCGGAUGAGGGCUGGAAUCGCUGUGGGAUUCAAACAACAUUUCGGUGGUAUUGGACAAUUGUUUGAUCAAAAUCUGACCGUAGGCGAUGUUGGUGUGAUUGUCAACGAUCGUAAUGAGACCGCUUUUUACAUGAUAACAAAAAAAUCUAGUGGCGGAAAACCAACAAUGCAAACGUUAUCAGUAGCCCUAAGAUCUCUAUUGGUAAAAAUGAAACAGAUGAAUUUAACCAAGUUGGGGAUUCCAAAAAUCUGUUGUGGGUUGGACGGUCUAGAUUGGAUGAAGGUUAAAGAGCUUAUUGCAAGUAUCUUCGCUGGAUCCCGGAUAUCUAUAACAGUGUGCAUCCCAUCUAAAGUGUUCAAUCACAUACCGCCGCCAUUGUUGAAAUCAUUUAUUACACCAAAAGAUUUAUUAAAAAUUGAAGGUAAGAGCGAUAUCCUGCUGUUCGUCGACCUGGAACAGUCAAAAAAGAGUAAUUGGACGAACGAUAUGGUCGAUAAAGUAAAUGCUCGAUAUCCAUCGUUCAAAGAAAAAUUGUUGAAAGAUAUCGGUAGUAACCUGUUGUAUCCCGGUGAUGUAACCACAUAUUUGAUAAAAAAUGAAAGAAUCAAUUGCGUAUUUACUAGUCAAACGGCAUAUUAUACUUCACUGGAAAAAGGCUUUAUCAACAUUAAAAAAAGCAUCAGAAGUUAUAGGAGUUUUGCUUUCCAGAGUGGACCCAUAAAACCUGCCGACAACUUUAAGUUCAUAUCACGAAUGCUGUCAAUAUUACGUUCCAUUAUUUACAGUUCAGAAUUAUGGUUAUGCGGUGAUACGGAUCAAACUAAAGACAAAGAAAUAUACGAAAAUUACUGUAGAAAUAUAAUGAAUGAAGCUAGGCUUACAUAUCGACCUACAACAAACAGCAAUAGACCAAAAGUUGGUAGUCCGAAACAGUUUAAUGCUUCGUUAAACAAUCAAAGGUGGAAUAAUACUCCAACCAAAAAGAAUAAGCAUAGAAAAUAG